GUUCACAAACACAACGCUUGUGUUUUUUAAAAAACACUGUGGAAAAUGGUUGGAUUCAGGCCUGCAGAUGUGCCACCUUCGGCAGCUGUAAAGUUUGUGGGAGCAGGAACUGCAGCCUGCAUCGCUGACCUGCUCACCUUUCCCUUAGACACAGCCAAAGUGCGACUGCAGAUCCAAGGAGAGGCCAGAGGCUCCGCUGCUACAGGGAGCGGCUCUACGGUGAAGUAUCGAGGGGUGUUCGGCACCAUCGCCACUAUGGUGCGUACUGAGGGUCCUCUGAGUCUUUACAGUGGGCUGGUGGCAGGACUCCAGAGGCAGAUGAGCUUUGCGUCUGUCCGAAUUGGUCUCUACGACUCUGUUAAACAGUUCUACACUAAAGGCUCUGACCAUGUGGGCAUUGGGAGUCGGCUGCUGGCUGGAUCUACCACAGGUGCCUUGGCGGUUGCCAUUGCUCAGCCCACAGACGUGGUGAAAGUUCGCUUCCAGGCACAGGCCAGGUCUCUUGGACGUGCCAGGCGCUACUGUAGCACAGUGGACGCUUACAAGACCAUUGCCAAGGAGGAAGGCAUUUGUGGUCUGUGGAAAGGCACAGCUCCAAACAUUGCACGUAACGCUAUUGUUAACUGCACAGAACUGGUGACCUAUGACUUCAUCAAGGAUAUGCUCCUUAGGUCCACGCCGCUGACAGAUAAUCUGCCCUGCCAUUUUGCAUCAGCCUUUGGUGCGGGGUUGUGCACAACAGUGAUCGCCUCCCCUGUUGAUGUGGUCAAGACAAGAUACAUGAACUCUGCUCUUGGCCAGUACAGCAGCGUUCUCAACUGUGCUGCUGCCAUGAUGACCAAUGAAGGCCCGCGUGCUUUUUACAAAGGGUUUAUCCCGUCUUUCUUACGCCUGGGGUCCUGGAACGUGGUCAUGUUUGUGACGUACGAGCAGCUGAAACGAGCAAUGAUGGCAGCGAAUCACAGCUGCAAAGCUUAUCUGUAAUCUCUACUGUCCCUUGAUGGGC